AUGACGGCUAAGGAUAUCUACUAUUCUGAAAAAUAUUACGACGAAGAACAUGAAUACAGACAUGUUGUACUACCCAGAGAAAUGGUGAAGUUGGUGCCUAAAAACCACUUAAUGUCUGAGGAAGAGUGGAGGAGCAUUGGUGUACAACAAAGUCAUGGAUGGGUGCACUAUAUGACACAUCAACCAGAACCUCAUAUUCUACUGUUCCGAAGGAGAAAGCCACAAGAACAUAAAUGA